AUGAGGUCCAUUCACGCCCCUGCGUCCCAGAACGCGGCCUUCCGUACUACCUGUCCGCAUCGUGCCUUCGUCAUACCCACCCCUUUGCGCAUCCCUUAUUCGAUCUCGAUGUACCGUUGGACAAUGCGCUGGAGUUCGCCUCGGAUUCUGGUCCUCGCCGUCGUCGCCCUCACUUCUUUCACCUCCUUCAUCGGUCUGUACUAUGCCUACUCCCGACAGAUGAGCCUCCCCUGGGAGACAGGUAGCCACCUGCCCAGGCCGCCCCAGAUCAGCGACAGGGUUUCGAAAGUGGCCAAGGUGAGCGUGGCCGCGAAUCGCCUCGACAACGACAUGAUCCAUCGCGCCCUGCGAUCACACUACUCCCAGAACACCCUGCACGGCUAUCAACAUUUCACCGCAGGGUACGAGGCCGUCGGCGGCCUGAUCGAGAACCCCGAGGACAGGCGGCCGCGAGGUGCCUGGACCAAGCCGGCCUUCCUGCUUUCCUUGGUGGUUGCAGAGCUGGAAAAGCCGGAGGAGGAGAGGCUAGAAUGGCUGUUCUCAAGCUUCGACCGUUCUAAUGGGUUGUUCCGCAGCUGGUUUGACGCCGAUACGAUCGUCACCAAUCCUUCAACACCUCUAGAGGUCUUCCUGCCUCCAGACUCGAAUCAUGACCUGUCCCAUGUACACGUUUUGAUUGCGUCCAACUGGGACGGCAUCAAUUCCGGCGCCUUCGCUCUUCGCGUCCAUCCUUGGACUGUCGCUCUUCUCUCCGCCGUCCUGGCAUACCCGAUCUACAAAGCGGACCGGAUCGGGAAGGACCGGUUCCGUGACCAGUCCGCCUUCCAGUUUUUACUAGAGGACGAGAACUCGCCGCUCGCGACAUCGCCCACGAAGGGCAAGGAGCACUGGUCGGUCGUUCCGAUGCGCUGGUUUAACGCGCUGCCCGUCAACAACGCCUUCGACAAGAAGAACGGGGGCUGGGUUUUCGGCAAGAAGAUGGAGGGCACCCUCUUCGACAACGGCACAACCGAGGUCCACGACGACGGCCUAGGCGGCGAAAUACGUCCCUGGAAGGUUAUGCAGGGCGAUAUGAUUGUCCACUUUGCGGGAUCGACGGCUGGAGGCACGCGCGACAGUUGGAUGGGUCCUUGGUUGGACCGGGUCGAGGCGUCCCUUCCCGAGUGGAACAACACGACCACAACGCUGGUCUUGCAGGAAGAAACCCGCGAAUUCUGGGCAAAGGAAGCCGUUCGGGUCGGCGAGGUACUGGCAGAAGGUGCCAAGACCGAGGCAGCUCGGGCAAUGGAGAAGAAAUUGAAGGAAGAAACGGAAAAGAAGAAAGCCGAAGCAGAAGAAGCAAAGAAGAAAGCAGAGGAAGAUAAGAAGAAGGAAGAGGAAGAAAAGCAAAAGGCUGAAAACGCAAAGAAAGAAGAAGAAAAACACGAAGCGGGAAGAUGA